CCUCUGUAAACACUGAAUAUGUCCUUGGCGUGUUAUCUUUUCAAAUGUCGCCAAACAUGCAGCUGUCAUCUCUGUUAUAAGUUCAGCGUGACUUUCCCUGGAUGCACAUGCCUGCAAGGACUCGUGCUCAUCAGAAUGAAUGCUCUUCUGGGUAGCCUUGUGGUUUUAGCCACCUUUGUAACGCUAUGCGAUGCCCAGUGCUAUGUCAUACUUAAUCAGAACCCUGCAUCUAACGAAUGCAAGGACCUCAGUGGAGUCACACACCCGCGGAACUCAAAGUGGAACACGGAGAACUGCGAGGAGUGUACUUGUGAUGAAGGUGUAACUAACUGUUGCAACACUGCUGCUAUACCUAUGGGUUACGACACAGACAAGUGCCAGAAAAUCUUCAACAAGGAGACCUGCACCUAUAAAGUGGUGGAAAAGGAGGACCCAGAAAAGACUUGUGAUGUCAGUGGAUGGGUGGUAUAAUGUGCUUCUCGUGGGCCCAGAGCUCCCAGCCUGGGGGACCCCAGGUUCUCCCAGGCGAGGCUGCAUUCUCCUAUGGCCUCUAACAGUCUAUGAUUGUAUAACCAUACCUAUCAGUAAAAAAAUGUUUUGA